AUUUACUAAUCACAGCUGGAGGUGGUCUCAUCCAAACAAAUCCAGAAGUAACAUUAUGAAACAUUUUUGCUGCAUUACUUGCUCAUUUGAAUUAUUACAUAACGUGAACUUGAAGACCCCAAAUGCCAAAAGCUCACUGCAGCCUUCGUCUUGCAAAAACACUCCUGUGGCUGAUUGUUGUAAUAGCAGGGAAUGAUUGGACUGUACCACUGUACCUUGAGAAGGCGGGGGUCACGUUUUGUCUUGAAAUAGACAAGAACUCUCUGACAAUUUUUCUGUUUUCGGUAACAAACUACUUGAUUCUUUAUAAAUUACGGACACAUCUCAAUAAUAAUGUUCAUAGAUUACAACGUUCACUUUUCAGUCACCUUGUCUUUGCUUCAUCCCGAUGAAACGAUCCCGAAAGACGUAUUACGUGACGCGAGCCCUCAUCAAAUAUGGCUGACCAAAAACACACAAACAUGGAAGUCGAUAAUGAAAAGAAUGGACCGUUUGCCAACAAAGUUAAACCACUGGUUGACACGGUUACCAAGAGAACAGGCGACCAGAGCAAUGUCGACGGUGAGAAGGACGCCGGUGAAAGCCGCGCCACGUCGGAGUACUGUGAGAAGUUGCAGGCGUGGAUGUGGCAGUACUACACUGGAUACGUGAACUGGCAGAGCUGGCUGGCAGCGUCAGCCAUGUCCUACCCUCAUUAUUUACAGUCACCCAGCGGCACGUCGACGGCUUCUCUCGAUUUUAACUCCCAGCACUGGUACAGUAGUUCGUUUAGUCUUCCGUUGUCGCCUUAUCCACCUGCCGUCUCCAUCUCGAACAGCCGGGUAGGUGAAGUUGCAGGCGGGGCUGCUGUGCCCGGUCAGCCGCAGCAGCAGCAGCAGCAGCCGCAGGAGAAUGGAAACGCACAGAGACCAGGUCGAGAGUAUAGCAUUCCUUCGCCUCUUCAAAGACUCCUGGCUGAGAUGGUGGAUUUCUUCAUUUUGUUUUUCAUCAAAGCAACCAUAAUCAUCAGUAUUAUGCAUCUCAGUGGGAUCAAGGAUGUUUCCAAGUUUGCCAUGCAUUUCAUUGUGGAAGAAAUAGAUGAAGACACAUCAAUGGAGGAGCUACAGAAAAUGAUGCUUGUAGCACUUGUAUACCGGAUAUUAGUGUGUUUUUAUGAGAUCGUGUGCAUCUGGGGAGCAGGAGGAGCCACUCCAGGGAAGUUUCUCAUUGGACUCCGUGUUGUGACAUGUGACUCAUCAGUUCUGGUUCAGCCUAACAGGGUGCUUGUAGUGCCAGCCACUAAUGUCUCUCUGUCUGCAUCAACUGUCCGAGCCUUGAACAAGAACUUUUCUAUUGCCUUCUUCUUCCCGGCCUUCAUCACACUUCUGUUCUUUCAGCACAACCGGACUGUGUACGACAUGGUCGCUGGUACAAUUGUUGUCAAGCGCUCAAGGGCCAGAUGAUGUGGAAGGGCCGACAAGAUAGUCCUACAGUAUUGCUGAGCAGGCACCGUGUGAUGUUUUUUGAAAAAUGCCAGCAGAAGUCCUCACACUCCGUCCUUUCAAGGUACCGUCUGUACACACAGGAGCGUUAGGAUGUUGGCUGAGAGGUGGAUACACAUCAGUAUGAACUUUUUGACGUCCCUACAACUUGGGUUUGGUUUGUCUCUGACACAUACUGUAUUUCUGCAGUUAUGUCUACAUGCUGCUUUCAGAAUUUGAUCCUGUGCCAAAUUUAUGUCUCCUCUGAAGACAGGGAAAAUGAUGGUAUAUGCUACCUUUUCAUUAACACAAGAUUUGCCUCUUUUUAAACACUCUUCUAAACUAAGGGUGAAUGUCUAGUAUCACUCAGUAUUUAAGUUGCUAAUCAUGCAUACAUGAGAUUCUACCUGCAGUAUAACUUUGUAUUAAAAAUUUGUCCAAAGGGUUGUAUGGUCAGACUUUUCAGUUUUGAGUUACUGACCUUUGUCACUAUAAGAGUGAUGCAUCAUGCUCAGCUUUCAGCUGCUUGGUUUAAAGGCACAUUUAAAUGUAUUGAAUGGAAAUGUAAACCUGGACACAACUGCUCUUCCUUUACCCUGACAGCAUGUGUGUGACUGAAAUGUCAAUGUAUUAUGCAUUUUAUGUGAUUAACUGUUUUUCAAGAAUUCAAGAAGAUUAAAUGAAACAACCACUGAUUACCUA